AAAAGUUAUUGACGUGUAAAACUUUAAGGAUUGAUUUUAUUAUUCUUGAAGAGAUGUCUGAAGAAUUAGGAAAAUCCUCAUAUGACUGUGAUAUCUGCAAAGACUCAUUCUUAGAAGAAAGUAAAUUCAAUCAACACAAACAAAUUCAUACAAGGGAGAAACCAUAUCACUGUAGUAUCUGUGGUAAAUCAUUCUUAAGUAGCAGUCACUUAACACGACACAUACGUAUUCAUACAGGAGAGAAACCGUAUCCCUGUGAUGUAUGUGGUAAAUCAUUGUCUGAUAGGAAUAGUUUAACUCAACACAAACUUAUUCAUACAGGAGAGAAACCAUAUCACUGUAAUAUCUGUAGUAAAUCAUUGUCUGACAGGAGUAGCUUAGCUCGACAUAAACGUAUUCAUACAGGGGAGAAACCAUAUCACUGUGAUAUCUGUGAUAAAUCAUUCAGUCGAAGAGGUAGCUUAGCUACUCACAAACAGGUUCAUACAGGGGAGAAACGAUAUCCCUGUGAUAUCUGUGGUAAAUCAUUCUGUAAUGACAGUCACUUAACUCAACACCAACGUAUUCACUCAGGAGAAAAACCUUAUCCCUGUGAUAUCUGUGGUGAAUCAUUCUCUGUUGGCAGUAGCUUAACUCGUCAUAAACGUAUUCAUACAGGAGAGAAACCAUUUCCUUGUGAUAUAUGUGGUAAAUCUUUCCCUGAAAACUGUAGUUUAACUCAACACAGACGUAUUCAUACAGGGGAGAAACCAUAUCACUGUACUAUCUGUGGUAAAUCAUUCUCUAAUGACAGUCACUUAACUCGACAUAUACGUAUCCAUACAGGAGAAAAACCUUAUCCCUGCGAUAUCUGUGGUGAAUCGUUCUCUGUUGGCAGUAGCUUAACUCGUCAUAAACGUAUCCAUACAGGAGAGAAACCAUAUCAAUGUGAUUUAUGUGGUAAAUCCUUCACUGAAAAGAGUGGCUUAACUCAACACAAACGUAUUCAUACAGGGGAGAAACCAUAUUCCUGUGAUAUCUGUGGUGAAUCAUUCUAUCACAGAGGUAACUUUACUACUCACUCAAGGGUUCAUACAGGGGAGAAGCCAUAUCACUGUGACAUCUGUGAUAAAUCAUUCUCUGUUAGUAGUUGCCUAACUAGACACAAGCGUAUUCAUGCAGUGGAGAAAACCUCUCCGUGAUAUCAGUGGCAAAUUAUUCUAUCAAAGAAGUAACUUAACUACUCACAGUCGCUUAACUAUACACAUAUUCAUUCAUACUGGAGAAAAACAUGUUCACAGUUAUAUCUAUGGUAGGUCCUUGCUGAUUUAAACAGUUCUUUCCUUAUGAAGUGGAUUCAUAACACAGUGAUAUUUGUUGUAUAACAUUUCCUCAGAAGGGCAAAGGAGAGAAAUAUCACUGUGAUAUCAGUGCUUAAUCAUUCUAUCAAAAUGGAGAAUUAUACACAGUCAUAUUAAUAUGAAAGAUAUAAUCAUACCUCAAGAUAUUUGUGUUGAAUCAAUCUAUGAAAAGGAUCAAUUAUUAAAACAUAACUGCAUUCAUACAGAAGAGGAACCAUGAUGAUGAUGGUCCUCAUCAUUUAACAUUCACUUUUCCAUGCUUCUGUGGAUCAGAUGGAAUUCAUUGAUGGAGAUUUUCUCCAGCUGGAUGCCUUUCUUGUGACCAAUCCUCACCUGUUUCCAAGCAAGGAAAUAUUUCUCCUGGUGAGACAUAUUUUAUGCAGAGGACUGGAAGUGAACAACUGCACAAGUAUGACGGUCAUGAUGGCCCUUUACGAACAACACAUAAUAUCUGGACAAGGGUACACACACACUUAUGUAUGUCUGAAGAAUUUCUUAUAGGAAAUAUCUUACAUGUUUUCUCUACGUGUAAAAGUUUAUAAUUCCUAUUAGGAAAUGAAACACAUGUAAUGCUGAAUAAAUAAUAUCAAACUUU